AUGGCAGACGAAUCUCCCAGUGUGCGCCAGCGCAAGCCGGUGCAGCAAGCCGAGGACGACGACAACCUGUUUGCGGGCACCCCGGCCGAACAUUCGCGGGGGAAGAAGAGCAAAAGGUCCAAGAAGGCAAAGGCUGAGGCGGACGUGUACAGCCCCUACGUCGACAUCCUCCGCUUGCUGAGCUUCCUCCUCCUCGCAUCUUGCGCCCUCAGCUAUCUCCAGAGCAAUGGCGAGAGCUUCUUCUGGGGCCAGAAGAACAAGCCCUGGUACCUGCGGCCCAGCUACUGGCGGUCCAAAUGGAACGGCCCCGUUUACCUCACCCCCGAAGAGCUCCUACAGUACGACGGCUCGGACCCCGAGAAGCCCAUUUACCUCGCCAUCAACCACACCAUCUUCGACGUCUCGGCGAACCCGCGCAUCUACGGCCCGGGCGGCUCCUACAACGUCUUCGCCGGCCGCGACGCCUCGCGCGGCUUCGUCACGGGCUGCUUCAUGGAGGACCGCACCCCGGACAUGCGCGGCGUCGAGGCCAUGUUCCUGCCGCUCGACGACCCCGAGAUCGACCGCCACUGGUCCUACGACGACAUGCGGAGGCUGCAGGAGGAGGAGCUGGCCGCCGCCCGCGCCAAGGUCCACGACGCGCUCAAGCAUUGGGUCGAUUUCUUCUCCAAGAGCGACAAGUACGGCGCCGUCGGCAAGGUCAGGAGGGAUCCCGACUGGCUCGAGAAGGAGCCCAAGAAGAAGCUGUGCGAGCAGGCGCAGAAGGGCAGGGUCCCGAGGAAGCUUCCUGGGCAGGAGGGCCAGAACUAG